CAGAGGGGGUGACAGCAGAAAUAUAAAGGUGCAAUCGUAAGGCUGCAUUGAGCAAGCCGGUGUGCUUGUCAGAGCUAAGGUCUGUACACAUAGAACUGGAUACACGGCACCAGACACCUGACAAAGUAGGCGAUCGAUGUAACUGUUUUCUGACCGCCGAAACCAGUUGUAGCCCAUCCCAGGCGUGAUCCUUCUCGACAGUUUUAAUAAAGUUGGCUUAGCUUCCAGACCUCAGAGGAGGAUGAAUCAUUCGAUGCCUGGCCAAUGACGAGCUGGUUUCUGAUUAUUUAGUUCUACAACGUUCACCGUCACCCAACUACGGAUUAUGGUCCAGCUUUUAUUUUGCUAUAGUUAGUGGUCCUAAGGAAAACCAACAUGGCUUCUGAAAAAGAUAUGAAAGUGUCUUAUCAGUCACAAAAGAACACUAAUAUUACGGAGGACUCGAUUGAAGUUGAAGUGAUCCAGGACAAGAAGAGAGAAUCGCAGCCAUCAAUUAGUGAGGGGAUGUCAUCCGAAGGAAAAUCAUCAAUGUUCCGGUGCCCUAAGCUAUUUGAGCGUGCAUCUCAGCGAUGGCUUAACCCAACAUUUGACUCAAAAGAAAUUGAGGAACAAUAUCAGCGACUAUUGAUUCCUGAGCUGAAGAAUCGCUUCCGGUAUGCGCUGCAAUACACGAUUUUGAUGUCAUUUAUUUGGGUGGUUUACAAUGGUUCGAUACAGCAGAGCGAUUGGGUGGUGUUACUAACCUCGAGUUUGGUAGUCUGUGUUAUAGCAAUAGGUUUUUUGUUGUAUUCAAGGUCUGAACAUUACAAAUCGCAUGUUAUAUUAUCAUCCGUGAUCAUGUCGCUAUUAUUGUGCACUUUGACACUUGUCUCAAUUAUUGUGUGUAAACCUGAUUCGUUCAUCACAAGAAGUAUAUCGACUUUCGCAAUGUGCUUAGAAAUCAUUCUCAUGAUGUAUACUGUGCUACCUAUGCCGUUAUACAUAUGCGCACCUGUCGGAUUUAUAUUCUCAUUUGUCUACGAGUUCUUUUUCUUCUAUUACUCUUACAAAUUUGAUGGCAAUUACACGCAAACUAAAUUUGUAAAGGAACUCUUCGCCAAGCUCUUUCUACAUCUAUGUAUUCAUUUAAUUGGCUUCCAUAUCUUCUUCAUGACCCAAGUUCGUAGUCACAGCACAUUCUGGAAAAUCGCACAAGCCACGCUAACUCGGCACGAACUUGAGGUCGAGAAACAGAACACAGAAAAAAUGAUCCACUCUGUAAUGCCAAAAUAUCUGGCUGGUGAAAUUAUGGGGGAAGAGGAAAUAAGAAAGAAGCAUACAGCUUUUAGCGAAUUUUUUAUGAUGCGUAUGGAGCCAGUUAGUAUUCUUUUCGCUGAUAUUGUAGGUUUCACACGAAUGAGCGGAAAGAAGACGGCGGAUGUUCUUGUUGAUUUACUUAAUGAUCUAUUCGGACGCUUUGAUAAGUUAUGUGAAGUUCACGGUUGUGAGAAGAUAUGUACGCUAGGCGAUUGCUACUACUGUGUGUCGGGUUGUCCUGAACGCCGGGAAGAUCACGCAAAGUGCUGUGUUGAGAUGGGCCUAGCAAUGAUAGAUGCUAUUAAGGACUUUUGUAGAGAUCGUAACGAAGAUGUUGAUAUGCGUGUUGGUAUCCACACUGGGAUGGUUCUUUGUGGUAUCAUCGGCAAGAAACGUUUCAAAUUUGAUGUGUGGUCGGAUUCAGUGUCUACAGCCAAUCAGAUGGAAGGGGCCGGUAAGAAGGGAAUGGUACAUAUAUCCGCUAAAACGGCAGAGUACCUCAAGGACUUGAGUCAGUACGAGUUGACCGAUGGAGAUGGUGACACACGAAACAAAGGAAUCUUAGGUAGGAACUCAUAUUUUCUAUACUAUGUCUUAUGAUUUUUGCUUAUAACAAGCUGCGCUACGAUACGCAAAGUCUAAAAUCGUCUGGUGCACAGGAGUUUGGGUAAGAUGUGAAAGGUAUUAUGGAACAUUCCAUGUGCAAAUAGUCAUUUUGAAGCGUACGAUAUCGUAGAAUUUUGAACAUAUUGUAGUUGUAAUUGUUAUAGUACAGUUUAUCGUAAGCAAAAUCGCGAGACCAGCAUUUCUCUACUGCACUGUGAACUUGCACUUGUAGUGACUAUUAUUUCCUCUCAAGUUUUCUGAUCCAAAUGUGGGUAAGUAACAAUUUUUGAGAACAAAUCCGCACUCUGGAAUAUAAGUUGAUGAAUAUUUGAAAGUUAAUGAUGCCUGAAUAGUGCCUCACGUAGAUACUGCUUAUCGUACCAAUCUGAUAUCUACUGUACAAUAAGCCUCAUCCAACCAUUUUACAUGAUGAAUAAAAACCAUUUUACAGAAACCAUGCAUUUAUUGUUUAACACGUUUGAUGCAAAGGACACGAGUUUACGUUAGACAGGGUUAACUCAAGGAGCCAAGGACGUGAGUUUUUGUCCACACCUGUCCAAUUGUAUUGCACGUAAACAUGUUAGCUGGCAGUGGUCGCAAGAACACAAACUCAAGCCCUGGAGGUUCAGGGAAGGACCCAUAAGUAAUGAUGUAAAAAUAACUAAUGUUUAUUCGUGUGUCACUACAGUUGAUGGAAAUUAUUUUCAUUAUGGUGGUGCCCUUUUUGCCUUUGCAUUUGGGAUGGAACUAGGAAAAGGCUUGGUAGUCUACGUGUUAAAACAAGUUAAUGCCAUUAAAAAUUUUUUUCUGAGUUAAUCCUUGAGAAGAGAAUUAGGUAUGAGAUUGAAGGAUAGCACAGGUCAUGAAAUAUAUCGAACCAUUCAGCACUUUGCCGCAGAGGCUGUAGUUCUUCUUCUCCACUUUGAGGUCGGAGGUUCAAUCUCUCCUUGUCUAUUUCGCUUGUGUCCUUCGGUAAAAACCUUUACCUAUGGUUGUCUUCUCCCACCCAGGAGUAAAAGUAGGUACCUGGUAGGUUCAAACACAAAAAUGCGCUGAUUACAGCUGCAACAUUAUGGAAUUCUUUGAAGGGACAAGAAUACGUGUUCCAUAUGUGCUUGAUCCGAUGACCGGGAAUAAUAAUGUUAAGUGCAUAGCGGUCUCCACAAUGCGUUAUAUACAGUACUGUAAGUCAACAAUUAUUUUGAUAUUUUCUGAUUAUCAAGCAUUAUUUUGGGAUUAAUCCACCUGUCAAAAAUUUCAAAAAUAAAAUUAAACUUCAGGAGUACAGUUGCAAUACACCCACUAUAGGGACCUUCUUUUAUUUUCCAAAAACCACUAGCAACCUAGUAGUACUUGUACUGUAUUCGAUUCACACCCCAAAAAACGAUGCAAAAAUUUCUGCAUUUUUGAACUCUUUGUCUACAGAAAAAGAUUUGGACUGGCUGAGAAUAUUUUACAUUCUACAUCAUUCAGUUCCAGACACCACCUUUUAAUCCGUAUUCAUGUAUUGAAUAAAUUUAUUCUAUUUGAGUUUGUCCCUAACUUUCUUGCAAUCUCAAUGUUUCAAGUUUCUGUACCAUACAAGUCCAUACAAGGAUUCUUAGGAUAUUUUAAGGUGGUCCCUUCUGGGAUUUUUUAUCGCCAAGACCAAAUGUUCUGAUCAAUGGCAUUCCACAGCAUAUAUGUACACUUGAAAUCUAUUUUUAGCUCGUCAGUAUAAUUCUUAUUUUGAACCAAAUUUAGGUGAGCAUUUGCUGUAUUAUUAUAACCAGUGCCAAUAAUAUUGGUAAUGUUAGUAUUUAAGUUAAGAAGACUAAAAUUAUUAUGUUCACAUUUUGAUAGUAAUAUUAAUUAUGAUGAUUUUAAUGCACCUGCAAUAAUUGCAGUCUGCAUUCUGUUCGUCUUUGUUCAUCUUUUGUCAUUAAUAUACUCAUAGUGUACCAUCCGUCUCAUCAAUUUCUUCAUUCCAACUCUCGUUUUAUAAUAUCCGGGACUAGACGGGAAAGCAAUCAUUUUCUUGGCAUGUGUGAAUGAAAUCAGUAAAGGUACUUGAACACGAAAAGACCAAAUACUAAUUUAUUCACGCAAUUUUCUAAUAGGAAAAAGUAUGAAAUUAUUUUCAAAAAGAAUGCAGCUUAGUGAUUUUUUUUUACCUAGAUUUUUUAAUUACGAUUCAGCUGAUUUAAUUAAUAAGUUAGAAAGCGUCGACCUCGAACGUAUUCAUUAAUUACAAGAAUGUAUUCCUUUGUGAGAAUGAAUUUAUUUGCGAGAUUCAUUUGCGAGAUCACGAAACAAAAUUUCUGGGGAUCAUGUGAACCUCAUUAUCAUCAUUUUAAUUUAUAUCUUGUGCAGGCUUUGAUCCAUCAGUUUAUUAGAGUUGUACCAUAUCCAGUCACUUAUGUUACAGCCACGCCCCAAUAUUACAAAAUUCUCUCCAGAAUACACGAGUGUCAGAAACCAUUUUACUCAAACAUGAAACCGUUUAAUUUUUUCAAAGGUUUUCGUAAAGCCUGUUUUAAUUAUUAAUUAUUUUGUUGGGCAUGUGAAAUUGUAUGUUUGAUUUUUUUGUGUUUGAAAAUUAACCUCCAAACAUAGUGGCCAGCAGGGCCAGUAUGGAAAAAAUGAUACUGGCCCUUCCAAAGUUAUACUGGUCCUAUUUUUUUUUUACGGUCCAAAAUAUAAUUUUUAUGAAAAAACAAACUCAAUAAAACCAGCAAGAUGACAUUAUUUUGAUAAUUUUUUUGAGCCAAUUGAAUCUGUCUUUAGCCAAAUUCAUUAGUCCGAGCAGUCAAGAAUCUCGGUCAGGGUACCAGAAAAAAUCCAUUGUAUUAGUUCACGACUGACACAAGAGUUUUUAUGGCCCAAAAUUGUGAUUUUAGACCACAUUAGAGAUUGGCAAUCAAAAUAACGUUAUUUGAUAGGCAAAUUAAUAUUUUUAGCACACCAACGAGGUACAGUAAUUUAAAAGUUCUAAAUAUAUAACACAAAUUUGAAAAAAUUACGAAGGCCUACCUGUAGGCAUAAAGUAUUCUCCUUUUACAGUAGUUUAGAACGAUAUCGGGGGAGGGGGUCAUGGAGCAAGGAAAAUAGCCUACUUUUGGGAGUUUGUGGAAUGAUAGCGUCUCCAGAAAACCUGUAUUUUAUGCAUUUUCAGCAUAAUUAUGUAUCAGGACAUAAAGUCCCAAUAAGGAUUAUUCAAAAUUGGCUUGGGUCUGCUCGUCUGGAAAUGGGCCCAAUCGUCUGUCACCCAAAUUUUUCACUGUGAUGAUCAAGGACUUGCAAUCUGGACCUAGGCCUAGUAGGCUAGGCCUAGAUGUAGCCUUGGCAGGUUAAACCGCUACUGUACUACUGCCAUCACUCUGCUCUACGUGGUGCAUUCUUAGAAUAUUACACGCAUUACUUAAAUGUAUUUUACAUAUCAGACGAGAACAAGAAAUCAUUGAUUAAAUAAUUAUUAAUGACAUUUCUACCACCAUCGCGCGCAUAGACCUCGAUCUAGGCCUUAGCAUACAGGUAGGUAGUCCUCUAUGGAUAAACAAAAGCUCAGAAGUCAUUAUGUACCCGAUGGCCAGCUGCCUUUAGGUCUACUUUGUCGCCAGUUUGCGCCCAAAUGGUACACUACCAGCAAGCCGGCUGUCGUAAAUAUGGUACCUUCAUGUAAUCGUCAUACAUGAGGUGAUUCACCUUCAUGUAGUCGUCAUACAGCCACUGCCCUGCAUCCACCACGUUAAAAUAACAAAUUGCAAAGCACGCAAUGACGUUUGCAGAGCUAGACUACCAAUACGACAACACAGAUAAACUUUGCAUGGUUAUGGAAUGGCAAAAAAUAGAGCUUCAACGAAAAAAAAAACUAUGUAUUUAGCAAGUAUUUGAAACUUUUAAAUGAUUUUAAGCCAUUGCCAAAAUGGCUAAAAGCAGUUGGUUAUUUUUUCACGAAUCCAAAAUAGUUUUUACCUAUGACGGACUAUCGGUUAGCGUGAGCCCAGUAAGGGUCUCCAGACGGGCGAUACCCAAGAUAUUUAUUAUCGCUCGCCACCAAAAAGGUGACUGCUAAUUUUCAGCCCUGGUGUAAAGUAAUGCAUCCUGAAGUACUGUACUGUAAAUUAUAAUUACUUAUUAAUUAUUACUCAUGUGAAUUAUUAUUAUCAUUAUUGCAUUAAUUUUGCAUUUUAUAGGCACAAAACAUGUAGGCUUAAAAGUUUAAAAUGUGCAUUACACAGUAUACGAGGUUCUCUCUGAUGGUAAAAUCUAAAACCAUCGAACAUUCAGUUAAACAAAUGAAUACCAAACAUAUCUGUUGCAGUACAUUAUUUCCCCAAAAUAAUACUAUUUUUGUGAAACAUAUUGUAAAUUAAAAAUUCAUUCAUGUUAAUGCUGUCAACAUUUUUAAUCUCAAUUUCACCAGAUAGUCUCAUUAUAUAUAUUGUACUUGCUCUAUAUACUGUAUAUAUUGUAUCGAUUUGUUUUAUGUAGAUUUUCUUUCUUUGAUAUACAGCAUGUCCUUUUUCACCUGAGUAUGCGAUGCAAAACACAUCUCAAAUGUAAUGAAAGUUUAUUUUGACAAUAAAAAGUAUAUCGUAUCUUAUCGUACAAUGUAUUUAACUCAUAAUCAUCACGCUGAUGUUGAGUGGUUAUAACUAAUGCACUAUUCUCAUGAACGGCCUGUUGUCAGAUUAUUUUUAUUUAUAGUUUCAAUGAAACCAAGGGGUCGGUGAACUCGUAUGACCCUGGAAGUAACAGUUUUGUAGUUCACUUCAUUAAGCAUGUAUUCAUUAGUGCUUUGAUUCAAUAUGGGCUUUAAUAUGUAUAGUACAGUGUACUCACAAAUUUAUCUUUGUUCGAGAGCACUAACAUUGGUGCCUACUAGAUGGGAUAUGGAUUGUUCUGAAACUAAUCAAUAAAAAUUAAAUCCAUCACUUAAUUACAUUUGAUCUGUAAUAACAUUAUGGUUACUUUAAUACCUUCGUUUGGUUUAACCUUUUUUCGUUCUCCUCAUUUUGGCACAUGGGGCUAUGGUAUAAUCUGUGUAUCAUGUCCCAUCAUAUUGGGGCUAUGGUAGAAUCUGUGUAUCAUGUCCCAUCAUAUUGGGGCUAUGGUAUAAUCGGUGUAUCAUAUCCCAUCAUAUAAUAUUAUGCCAAAUAAAUAAAAAAUGCUAGUUUCUAGUCUCCCCGCGCACAUUCAUUUUCUCUGCCUCACCAAAUUUUAUUUUUUGAUUUUUUUUUUCUGGUCACCGCGCAUCAGUAAAAUUCCUCUCUUGAUCGUCCAUGGUUGAGGAUACAUAUGCUAUGAAUCAUGUCUACGGCUUCUUUUAUUUGCUUUCAAAUCUACUUGAUAAAAGUGAGAAGGUCGUAGCUGUUUCCCAUUGACAAUCUUAAAUUUGCCAUCUCAGAGAGUUUAAAAAAAAAAAAAGAAGUGCCUUUAUUCUUUUUUUUUUUUUAUAAAAUAAUAGAAUGUUAAAAUUUGAAUCCUAAAUAAUAUUGUUGAAUAUUAUAAUAAUGAAUUUCUGUUGAUUUAUUCAUUUCUGUGUGCUUAAAUUUUUACUAUUUAUGUUUUCAAUUAAGGGUGUUUGAAAUAGUAGGAUUAAAUGUGGGAGAAUAACCCAUAAAUCGCAGCGUCGUUGUGCUGAAUUGCAUGGGUAUGGUCUGACUACUGUCGCAGAUGUAGAGAGGCGCUUAGUUCACAUAAUUCCACCACAGGAGCUGAAAUGAACUGUAGCAUCGUGGUAACCCCCUACUCUUCAAUAGGUUCACACAUCACAUGUACUGUAUACAAUACACUAGACCUCCCAUUCUUUUAAGUCCUUUUUCCAAGAAGACUUGGUUCUACCACCUGAACCCUCGACAAGGAGAGCGGCUUGAACCAGUGCUGAUGUUAAGGCUAUAGUUAUCAGUGCCCCUGCCUUACCGAAUGUUCACUCGACUAAGCUAGAGCUGUUAAAAAUAUGAGUAUGCGUGCACAACAAAUUGACAAGAAUUUAACCUAUGAUUGAGAGUUGAGUACUAAAUUCAAAGCAGUACUUAAUUCUUAAGUGGCCUCUUCAGUUUACUACCAACACCAGUUGUAUUUCACCUGAGAUGGCCUCUUCCCUUUUUGCUGGUAUUAUUAUCUUUCGUUAUCAACCUCGUACUAUCAACUUGGUACUUGAUGAAAAAAGAUUAUUAUAAGAUAUGUCUCCUGUAAUCCGAUGUAUAAUUAAGACUUUAAUAGUGAAAAUUAUGUCGGUCUGAUACAGUCAAGGUUUUUUGCUCCUGGCCUUGGAUGUGAAGAGGAAAAGAUUUACAAUUCUGGCAAACAUUGACUUAAAACAUUUUAAUCACUCGUAAUAAAAUGAUAAAUAAGUUAACUUUCAAAAAGACAUGGACCAAAUUAUUUCAGUUUUCAGUUUUUUGUUUUUUUUUCUAACUGAAAUUACUCCAAACAAUUAAAGAUGGUUUUAUUCGUGCGAAUCGAAAAUGUUAGCCUAUACGAACAAGAUUCUCAAAUGCGCAGGCAUACAGGUACAAAUUUGCGAUUCGCGGGAAUAAAUUCGCCUGGUGGAAAACUGGCUUAAUGCCUGAAAAUCACUUUUAGGUAUUAAGGGUUACCUAACUAAAAUAUUUAUGCCAUGAAAUGUUUGCACAUAGGGCUGAUACAUAGCUUGAGCCACAUUACAGCCUGUCCACAAUGCAAAUUUUACAGACUUUCAUUACAAAAAAAACACAUUGAAUUUAUGUUCCUAUCUAUGGCAAAGAAUAAUUGAGCUAAAGUUG